AUGCGGUUCGAGGCCAUCACCUCAGCCUGCGGGUACCUUGCCUACGCCAUGGGACUGACACUGGCCCUGGGAUACAUCCUCCUCGGCCGCUCGGCCCUCCCGCCCGACUUCAUGCCUGCCUCCCACUGCACCGUCGCCUCGCUCGCCUCGCCUGCCUGCCUCACCCCGGCCGACAUGACCUCCUGUGCCCUCCCGCUCGCCCUUGCCUUCCGCCUUGAGUUGGAGGACAAGCCCGAUGUGACCGCCACCGCCACCGCUCUGCUCCCGCUCGCGCCCCACGAGGCCAUUGCCUGCCUCGCUGAUGCCACUCUCUCCGGCCCUUGCGCUGCUCUCCUUCACCUCGCUCCGCGCGCAGACCUCGCUUGUGCCGUCCGUCUUCCUUCGCCUGGCCAAGAUCCGCAGGUCGUCAUCCGUCGCUACGCGCCACGCAUGAUUGCGCUGCUCGACGCAUCCUCCGCCGAGCUCUCUGUGGCCGACGCCGUCGCUGCUGGCGGCACGAUCACCUCGCGCCUCCUCUAUCUCGCACUCCUCGCCCUCCUCUGCCGCGAGUUUGCCUUUAUGAAGGCCCUCACUUGCAACGCCCCGCCCGGCCUCGCGCCAGGCCUGCCACGGGCUGAUCCGUGGCUCCGCCGCGACGACUGA